AUGGAAGCUCUUAAACCUUUUAUUGUUGCUAAUACAAAACAAGAUCCACCUCCAAUGAAGCAUUUACACCAUUCUGAUGAUUUUAAUUUUGAUAUUGAAUUGGCUGUUUCUAUAAAACCUAAGGACAGUAAUGUAGACUAUACUCUUUCCAAAACAAAUUUUAAAUAUUUAUAUUGGACAAUAAAACAACAAUUGGCCCAUCAUGCAAGUAACGGCUGCAAUAUACGCCCAGGAGAUUUAAUGGGUUCUGGAACAAUUUCUGGACCGAACUUUCUUGGCGUGGUCAAAAUCCUGUUAAAUUGGGUGAUAGUGGACAAACUAGAAAGUUUUUGGUUGAUGGAGAUGAAGUGACUAUAAAAGGUAGAGAAAACAUGAAAUAUA